UUUUGUUGUCAGACGAAACGAAGAAAAUGGACGUUAACUAAAUGACAUCAACUGAAGAAAAAUCCGUCUAAAAUUAUUAGUAAAACAUAAAACCCAAAAAUGUCCUACGUCAACAAAAAAAUCCGAGUUUUCAAAGAAGCCGGCGACAUAGAAAUUCACCGGAAACGUUCCGAUGGCCGGAUGAAAACCUACACAUCGGCGACCGAUGCCAGAGCUUGGUGUGAUAGCACGGAAGAUCGAAGACAACAUAUUUUAGAUUUAGUUAGACAAGGAGACGGGAAAGGUUUAUCUUUAGGAAAAUACAUACCGAUUGAAGCAAUCAUCGACAUCCUCUUAGCCAAUAAGAAUAAUGAUAUUAAAAGAUUACUAAGAGAAAUCGAGGAGCUCAAGAAAUUUAUCAAAGACCAUGGCCUUCACUACGAGGAAAAACCAAUACGAGUCAUAGAGCCUGUGGGGAGUACAGCAGGGGAGGGGACAUCUGGAGUGGGAGGAGCUAGACCUGGGCAGGAGGCGACCGCAGGUAGAGGCAAAAGUCCUGCAGGAAGAGCAGGAGAGGACCGGGCUGGAGUUACCACUGGACAACCUGGCACCGGAGGAAUUUCCGAUACAGAAGGACGUGGAGGAGUUUCCGAUUCCACAGGACGUGGAGGAGUUUCUGAUUCCAUAGGACGUGGAGGAGUUUCCGAUUCCACAGGACGUGGAGGAGUUUCCGGUUCAGCAGGACGUGGAGGAGUUCCAGGCCUUUCGGAUGCGAGAGGACGUGGAGAAAUCUUUGAUACAGAAGGACGUGAAAAAGGCGCUGCAGAAACAGCAGGAACAGACGGUAAAGCUACAAGAUAUGGAGGCCAAAAAACAGAGCUUUCCGAUCUUGACGAGUACGAAACGGGGACUACGAGUGGUACAGAUAGGUCAAAAAGAAGCACUUCACCACAAGGACAAGCUGGGAGCAAAGAUGCCCCAACCGGGCAAUAUCAGGGUUCGCGGACAACUCCUGAAGAUUCCACCACAACUGGGGGUACAUCGACUCCUGGUUUUAUUACCGAUAGCAGUGAUUAUGAGGAUAGGGCGUCUCCAAGAUUUCGACCUGUUUCUAAAGAAGAUGAGAAAGCUGCUGCAGCUUUGCUUGCAGGAAAAUCGCCGGAGGAUCAGUUACUUGCUUUAAAGAGUGCUCUCGCGGAUGCUGAAAAUUACUACAGCGAUCAAAACGGCAUUGCUCACGAAGCGAUCGAGAAGUUGGAAAAUAUUAAAGAUAUAGUGGAUGGAGGUGAGGGCAAAUUAAGUCCGAAACGACCCUCACCUGCACACUCGCCUAAGAAACAAUCGUUUGCUGUUGGAAAAUCUCCUGACAAGACCUUCGACGAAAGGAGAACUUCCCCGUCAUACGCAGCCAAGGACUUAUCUUCUGGUGGUGGCAAAGCAGCUGGUAAGGCAUACGACGAAGAGAGAUCUAAGGGAUUGCCGUCGGCUGGUAGCCCAGCAGCUGAAAAAGUAUACGAAGAACAAAGAAUGUCAUCUUCAUACGCACCAGCGGCUGCUGGUGCAAGGUCCUACGACGCCGAGAGAUCUAGGGCACAAACGGACUCCUCAGUUACUGGUGAAAAAGUUGGUCCACGAGCCUACGACGAUGAGAGAUCGAAGGCUCCUUCUGGUGGUAAACCAACUGCAAGAGGAUAUGACGGAGUUGCCGACUCUUGCAAGGGCGAGAUCGAAGCCUUGGAGCGCGAAAUCGCAACCAUGAAAUCGAUGUCUUCUCCUGAAUCAAACAUCAUCAAACGCGAAGUCGAGGUUUUGAAAAAAUACUGCGCCCAGUUGGCUGCAAUUCAACAAGAAAAUGCCGACUUGAAGCGUGAGCGUGAUAUUUUGAAAGAUGGCCUAACAUCAGGUGCCGACAACGCCAUCAAAGAUAAAUUAAAAAAACUGGAUGAUGUUACCCAAGAAAGGGAUCGUCUGAAAGCUAGAGUGAAACAGUUGGAGCAACAAUUGGGCGGUUACAGUGGCUUGCCUGAAGAAGUCGAUCAGUUUAGGGAGAAAGAACCAGCUUUGGAUUCGUUGAGGGAAGAUGUGAGUGAUUUGAGGAGGCGUUUGGACAAAAUGGAGGGUCUUGAGGACGAUGUUCGAUCGUUGAGGGACAAAGCUGCGACGACGGUGCAACCGGCGGGUGAUUCAACCGAAAAGGAUAAGCUCUUGGCCAGAAUCGCUGAAUUGGAGAAAGAAAACGAUAAUUGUAAAUGUAAAAUGAGAGAAAUCGAAAUAUGUAAAGUCGAGAGAAACUGUCUAAAGAUGCGUCUGGAAGAUUUGAUGCGAAUUCAGAAAGAUUAUGAAGAUUUGUUGAAGAAGACGCAAGGUUUUGACGCUCUUAAGGCCGAGUGUGCCAUGUACAAAGCGAAAUAUGAAGAAUUGAAAAACAUGGAAGCUGAAUGCAACGAGCUUCGGGCCAAGUGUCAACGUGUAGAAGAGCUUGAGAAUGAAAGGAGGCUUCUAAUGAAAGAAAUUGAGAAUUGCGAGUGCUGUAUGAACAAUCAAGAGGACGAAAUCAAACGAUUGGCUUGCCAUAUCGAUUGCUUGACUCAAGACUUGGACAAGAGACAGGAUGAAAUGAAAGUUAAAGUUUUAACAAUGCGAGCACAUUUAGAAAAGAAAGAUUGUCUUAUUGCCAAAUCAGAACAGCAGUUAGCAGACGUUCAGGAUCAAUUGCGAACUUCCAUUGAGAAUCUUUCAUGUGAGACGACUUGUCUCAGAAAUCGAAUCGAUGAAUUAGAAGACGAAGUAAAAGCAAAAGAUAAUGUUUAUAGAACUCUUGAAAGUAAAUACAAAGAACUGGAAGAUACAAAUACAUCCUUGAAGCAAAAUUUGGAAAAUGAGAAAAAUGUGAAACUGAAAUUGGAAGAGGCUUUACGAAAAGCAAUACGAAGUGACGAACACUUGAAACAAAUGCUCAAACAAGCCAAAUGUGCGAUUAAAUGUAUAACCCAAAAAUUGGAAAAGCAUGAUAUCGUUGGUAUGGGUCGCUUAGAGUUAGAAAGGGAGAAUUAUUUGAGAAAAAUCAAAGAGCUUGAAGAAGGAAUGACUGAACAGCCUUGUGGUGCUGACAGAAUUGCUGAAUUAGAAGAAGAAUUAAUGCGAUCUCAUGCCCUCAAUAAGUGUCUCAGGGACACUUUAGAACAACUAAAACUUAGCGACAAAUCAGGCGAGCAACCUUGCGGUGCUGAACGAAUAGCAGAACUCGAAGAAGAAAUCAUGAAACUUAGUGCUGAGAAUAAAAAACUCAAACAUAGUUUAGAGCAAGUGAAAGGAGCAGCUCAGGAGAAUGAGGCGUUGCGUAAAAUCGCAGGUGAACUGCAAGACACUGCCAAGUCUCAAGUUAAUAAACUUGAAGACACUCUUUCGAAGAAGAGUCACGAGUUGGAAGAUCAAUGUGAAGAGCUUCGAGCCAGUUUGGCCGAAAAAGAGAAACUUAUUCAAAAUUUGACCAAACAGUUAGAGCUCGAAAGAAAGCGUAGAGAAGAGGCGGAAAAAGCUUUGGAAACUUUAUCGGCGAAUGGUGAGGUCGAUCAAGUCGAGUUGAAUAAAUUAAAAGCUCAGAUGAAUGUCUUAAACGCCGAGAUAGACCGACUCAAUUUUGAUUUAGAGAAUCAGAAACGAGAGUGCGAAGAGACGGUAAAUAGGCUCAAGGCAAAAAUGGAACAGAUUGAAAAUGAUAAUUUGAGGUUCAAAAAAUUAGAAGAGGCGCAUGGAGACGUGAGUACUGAUGCUGAUAGGUACAGAAAAGAGGCUCAGCUUAUUAGGGAGGAGUUGGAUAAGUGUCGGAAAGAAAAUGAAUCUCUGAAAGCCGAAUUAGAUAAGUGUAAGAAAGAUGGGGAUAGCCUGAAAUCUGAGUUAGAGAAGAUUAAGAAACAAAACGAUGAUUUACAUUUCGAGAUGGAAAGGGUUACAAAAGAGAAUGAAUUUCUUAAAUCUGGAUUAGAGAUGUCAAAGGAUAAAAAGAUCAAAAGUGAAUCAGAAAUAGGAAAACUUAAAGAUGAAUUAGCUGUUAAAGCUGCACUUGAGAAUGAAAACAAAAGCUUGAAAGACGAGACAAAUAGAUUAAAACAAGAGUUGGCUGCGAAAAGUGGUCUCGAGCAAGAAAAUAAAAGUUUGAAGGAAGAUUUGAAUAAGCUGAAGCAAGAGUUGGCAUCAAAAGAUGCUCUUGAUAAAGAGAAUAAAAGUUUGAAAGAUGAACUUAAUAAGUUGAAGCAGGAUUUGGCCUCAAAGGACGCUUUGGAUAAAGAAAAUAAAAGUUUGAAGGAUGAGCUUAAUAAGUUGAAACAGGAGUUGGCGGCUGCAAAGCAAGAUACGUCAAAAGGUGCAACCGAGAAUGAAAAUAAGAGUCUCAAAGAUGAAAAUAACAGUCUGAAAGAUGACAUUAAAGGUCUCAAAUUCGAGAAUCAAAGUCUCAAGGAUGAAAAUAAGAGUCUCAAAGAUGAGUUAAAUAAACUAAAACAAGAACUGGCUAAUAGAGCUGGAGUUGUUAAAGAUGACAGCAAAGACAAAGAGUUUGCCAAGGAACGUGACGAUCUUUUGAAACAAAUUGCCGCUCAAAAGAAAGAAAUUGCCGAUUUGUUAGAUAAGAUUAAACAACCGGCCAAAUCUGAAGACACAACAACUCUUAAAGAAUUGGAAAAUAGAAACAAGGAAAAUCAGAAAUUAAGAUCAACGAUUGAAGAUUUAGAAAAGCAGCUUAAAGAACUGCAAAAAGCUAAAAUGGACGUUCCUAAAGCUUCCCCUGAGAUUGAUAAAGUUCUUAAUGAUCUUAAGCAAAGUCUUGAGAAAGAAGAAGCUCGUGUACGUGAUUUGGAAGCAAAAUUGAAAAAAUGUCAAGGCGAUAAUGAUGGUUUCAAAAAGAAGAAUAACGAAUUGGAGAAUUCUUUAAAGAAGUGUCAGGACGGAAAUGAAGAGUUGAAAAAACGUAUUGCCGAGUUGGAAGCUCAAGGAGAUAGUCUUAGAAAGAAAGCUAUAGAACAAGAGAUAGCUCAAAUUCCUGUGGGUGAAGAUGGUGAUAGAGUAAAGGCACUAGAAGCAGAAUUAGCCAAACGUAAGAAAGAAUGUGAUGAUAUGAUCGCAUCGUUGAAAGAACAAUAUGAUCGAGACAUCAAAAACUUGCAAAAGCAAAACGAAACGGCAAUCGAUAAAUUACAAAAACAACACCAAGAAGAACUGAAGAAAUUAAAUGAUGAACGUGAAAAAGAAGCUGCGAAAUUUAAACAAGAACUAAAGGAGAUAAAUAAAGUGAAGCGAAGUCCGAGUGUUGAGAAGAAGCAAAAGCCACAACCGCAACCGAAAAAAGAAGCACCACCACCGAUUGAAGAAGCUAGAGAUGAAGAAGAAAAACCACCUUCAGUUAAAGAACCCGUCAAAGAAACCUCAAUCAAAGAACCUUCAAUCAAAGAACCGUCAAUCAAAGAACCUUCAAUCAAAGAGCCCUCUAUCAAAGAAGAACAAGAGGAUAAAAAGAAGAAAUUAUCGAUGAAGACGUUCGACGAUGUUUGCAUUUGUGGCAAACUACCAAUGGUUAUACCUAUCGGUGCAGUGGCAGCACCACAGGCGCCGCCAUGCCCAUGCCCACCGCCCCAACCAUGUGUUCCAUAUCCUCCCUCAUACCAAAUGGUUCCCCAGCAAAUGCCCCCCUGUAUGCCACCCUCGCCGCCUUGUAUGCAGAUGCCAUUGCCGAUGCAUCAACCCCUGGUUCCUUGUAGCCACAAAGACGAAAAAGUCAACACAAUUAAGAAAAUAGUCGAGAUGGAAAAUCGAUUAUUGUUAAAACAACAACAUACCAAGGAAAAAAUUGAUUCGCUUCAAAGCACUGUUAAUAAGUUCAAAAGAGAGUUGGAGUUGGAAAGACAGAAGAAUAGCGAUCUUGUGAGUAGAUACACCAAUCAGUCAAAAACUGUCGCAAAUAUGAAGGUGGAAAUGGAUUUAGUUAGGAAGGAGAAUUUCCAAGAUAAAAGGAGAUUGGAACAAUUGAAUAUAACUUUGAAAAAUAUUUUGGAAAAGGGGUCAGGAACCAUGUGUUUGUGUCCUAAAACCGCCGUUAGGAGUGGUAUACCUCACUUUCAUACAGAAUUAUCUGUGGUGAAAGCCGACGAUAAUAAAUACAAGCACAACUGCGUCCUGAAAAAAGGUCCUUGUUCGUGUGGUGUUGGUGAUAAGAGCUCCGAUUCCUUUGAUAUAGGUCCUAGAAGCUCGUCAGAACCUUCCCUUGCUCGAAGAAUUAAUAAUGAAAAUCUGCUCCAAGCUAUUCCCUUGAAAAUCUCAAAUCUCGAUAUCCCGACCAAUUUCAUUGCUGGACCAGACCAGAAAACCAAAAUUGCUGAUGAAAUGAAGAAACUUGAGAUCGUUACUAAAAAGUUGGCAGACGUUCAAUCUUAUGACAGCCAAAAUUUGAAAAGUCGUGUCAGUGACCUCGAAACCAAUUUAGCUCAAACAGAAGAAACCAUUGAAAUCCUUCGUGAAAAACUCGACCUCGAAAUGAAAGACAAACAGAUUUUGAAGGACUCUAUAGUGAAGAUCACCAAAAAUUGUGUGUGUGCAUUAAAGAACAAGAUAAUGGAUGAAGCGACAUCGGAUUUAGCCACGAAACUUGAAGAAAAAGAACGCCAAAUCCACGAAUUGCAAGAAGAAAGAAGUAUUCUAAGUAAGGAAGUUCAAGAUUGUGAGAACUACAUCACGAAUCAUGUAGAUCAAAUGAAAAAACUUGCAUCAUACAUUGAUCAGUUGACCCAAAACUCGGAAAAACUUCAUGUGGAACGCAAAUCCAAAACAUCAACUGUGACAAAUCAAAGUGGGGAAAAUGACGGAACUUGUAAUUGUGACUCUAAACGGAUUAAAGAGUUAGAAGCUAAAGUCAAUCGUUACAAAGUAAGACUAAACGCGAAAGAUGAAAACAUCAAAGCUCUUCAAGAAAAGCUUGAAUUUGAGCGGAUUUCUCGUGAGAAGCUUGAAGAAGCUUUUCUACGGACAGCAAAAAUUUAUGAAGAUUUAGUCUACCAAAACCAAGGUCUUGGGAAUAUGAAGUACGAGUACGAGGCUUGUAAAGCUCAAUGCGAACAGUUUAGGAUCACUUGUGACGAUCUUCGCUUCAAAGCACGAAAAGUUGAGGAGUUGGAAAGAGAGAUAAAUCAUUGUAAUUGUUACAUGGUGAAUCAAGAUAACCGAGUUAGUCAACUUCUAGAUGAUAUGGAAGUGAUGUCGCAACGAGAAAAUAGAAUGAAGAUAACAAUCUUAAAUAUGGAGACUAGUUUGGAAGAAUACAGCGAGAAAUUGGAUAAAUGUCAAAACGAGAAGUCUUCUUUGAGGGAUAGGAUAGAAGCUCUUGAAACACAGAUUGAAGAUUACGACAAUAUUGUGGCUCUGAAAGAAGAAAACAAUAAGAUACUUUCGGAAAAUUUGGAAAAAGAAAAGGCUGCAAAGGCCAAACUUGAAACUUCUAUUGUUACUAUAGUCAAGACUGACGAACAUUUGAAAGAAAUGUUGACACAGGCGAGACAAGCAAUGACAACAAUCACUCAAAGACUGGAAGAGUGCGACAUUGAACGAUUAGAAACACAACGAGACAACCAAAUGAAGAUAUGUGAAUUGGAAAAUCAGCUUAUUCUUGCUAACGCCACUAUCAAAAAACUCAAGGAAAAUCUAGACCAAAUGAAAGGAGUUAUGGACAAAAACGUUGCUUUGAGGUCUCUUUCAGCCCAAUUGCACGAAUCUGCAAACAUUCAAGUGGCACAACUCAAGGCCGCCAACGAAGAUUUGUCAAAACGGAGCCAAAAAAUGGUGGAAAUGUACGAUUACCUCAAACAGGUGUUGUACGAAAAAGAUAAGACUUUUGAGGAUUUGAGGAACCACUUAGUAUCUUUGAGGCAACGACUGGAUAAUGAACAGAAAUUGAGGGAAGACACGGAAAAUAUUUUGGCAGAUAUGGCAGCAACCGGAGAUUCGGAAUUAAGUGAGCUUAGAAACGUGAUAAGUAUGCUUAAGAAUGAGAUUUGUUGUUUGCACUGCGAGUUGGAGGAUUUAAUGAAUACGACGACGGCAGGUCGGUUGAAAACAAGAGUAAAAGAUCUUGAAGUUGAAAUUGAGGUUUUGAAGUGUGAAAGGAAUAAAUAUCGCAAGUAUUUGGAUAAAAUUUUGCCUGGUUAUGUUGAUCCUGUAGAGUUGGAACGACUCCACAAUGAACUCAAUCAAAUGACUGAAGAAAUAACCCGUUUAAAUGAAGAACUAGGAAGGCAGAAGAAACUGAGACUUGAUACUGUGAUGGGAUUGCAGUUAAAAAUAGAAAAGCAGGAAAAAGAAAAUAAAAUGAUUAAAGAACAAAUCAGGGAAAGUAUAGAACAAAAGAAGCGAAGAGAUCCAACUUUGCCAAAUGUUGUUUUUGUUGAAAAGAAAGAUAAACAAGAUGGUGGUGUUGAAUAUCGAUACUUAUACGGUGUCGCUGAAGGAAAAAGAAAGUCGCUUCAGCCGCCUCAAGAAGAUUAUUAUAAAUACGAGUGUUAUACUCAGGAAAAUGGAAUUGAGAAGAAAGUGUUUCUAGGACCUCUACAUUUAACAUAUAUUGAUGACAAUGGUGAAAUCAAACAUUUCCCAAUUGAUCCGAAAACUGCAACUCCAAAAAAGGAAUUCUAUAUUAAAGAACGUGGGCAAAACAAGAAAAUUUUAUGGAAUUUAAAAACCGGUCCUUUCAAACUUAACAUAGAAGAGGAGUUUAAUUUUAGGAAAAAAUACGAGGACGCCGUGAGAGAAAUAAAUCGGUUACAAAGCAAACUAGAAAUGGUCAAAUACGAAACUAAUGGUCCGGAACAGAAACUGAUGGAAGAUGUCAAAGAUAUAAAAGAUAUUGAUUCAAAGCUUACAUCUGCCAUUUCGGAAGCUGUGACUCUGCAAAAACAGUUGGACAUGCCGACAAAUGUGAAAAAUCAUGAACCAUUCUCACAAGAACGUGAAGCUCUCACACGAGAAAUCGAAAAGCAAAAGAAAGAGAUUACAGAGUUGUUGCGAAAAAUUCAGGAGUCUUCUGUCGGUCAUGAAGUUUUGAAGGAGUUGGAAAGUAAAAAAUUGGAGAAUGAAAGGUUAAAAACACGAGUGAGGGAUUUGGAAAGACAGCUCCAGAAUGCUCAAUUUGAGGUUGACAUACCAAGAAGUUCACCGCAAGCUGAUACUUUAGUGGAGAAUCUCAAACAUCAUUUAGAAAGGGAACAGAAACGGGUCAACGAAUUGGAAGACUUGUUGCGAAUUUGUCAAAAUAAUGACAAAGAACUCAAGCAAGAAAAUGUAAAACUCAAGUCGGAAAUUUUAAGGGACAAAACAUUGCCAAGAGCCAGUCAAUUGUAUGUGAAUCAAUUACAACAAGUCGAUGACAAUUUAAAAGAUUGGCAAAAUCAGAUUAAUAAUAACGUCUCUCACGUUCAACAACAAGUCAAUAACAUCAUAGAUAAAUUGGAAAGAACACCUGGAAAUGCUGACAACGUGAAAAAACUUUUAGACGGUGUUAAAAAUUUCGAAGCGAAUCUGGACAGUGUCGUUAAUAAAAAACGAGUUUCAUUAACGAACGAUUUGCAAGAAAAACAUAUUACUGAGUUGGAAAAACAAUUAAGCGAAAUGCGCCAAACUUUACACACUUUGGAAGAAGAAAAAGAAAAUUUUAAGAAUAUAGGAUCAACGAAACAAUUGGAAGAGCAGUUAAAAGAUUAUCAAAGGAAAAAUGCUGACCUAAACAUGGAGCUGGAACGGCUAAGGCAGGCUCUAAAAGAGAGUCGGAAAAGUUUUGAGUCCGAUAUUAGACUCAAAAGAUUUUCAGAUAUUAGUGUGAAUGAUAAAAGCCCACGUGUGAAAGAAUUGGAAGAAACACUGCACCAAUGGCAAAGAGAUUACGAUCUUGAAGUGGGAAAACUCAAAAAAGAAAUUGAGAAACUGAUGGUGAGAGGAAAUUUGCCACAAGGAUGUGAAGCCCACGAAAACCUGAUAAAAGAAUUGAAAAAUGAUCUAGAAAAGUCGCAUAGAAAGAACGAAAAUAAUGAAAGGAAAAUUGCCCAAUUGGAGGGUGAAAAUGAAAAUCUGCUCACAAUGAUGGAUAAAUUUAAUGAUGUUGGAUCGAUUGAUGACAGCGCCGAGGAUGAUAAAAAAGUCCGUGAUCUUGUCGAGCAUUUGAGAGAGCUUCAGAGGAAAAAUGAGGCUCUGAAAACUCGGACAAUUCAACUCGAAAUGGAAAAUGGACGAAUGAAAAAUGACCUCGACAGAAUCGUCGGCCAGGGGAAUAAGUCAUACGAGAAGGAAAUGCAACGAUUGAGAGACUUGGAGAGACAGUCGGCGAGAAGUCAGGAUAAAUAUCAUAAUUUGAAAAAAAGAUUGAUGAAAUUAGAGAUCGAGAAUAAAAAUCUAAAGAAGGAAUACAUUGAUACGUUAAUAGCCAAAGAGAAACUUUCGCUCAAGAGCCGCGAACAGGAGCAAAGGUUGAGAGAAACGAAUAAGUUGCUAGGUAAAUGUCAAGACAAGAAACAAACUUUGACAAUGCGGAUGCUUAAAACACAGGACGAUCAUGACAAUUUGAAAAAACAACUAGAGGUGGAUUCGCAGGCUAUUGAAGAAGAAAAUUGUAUGAAAAUUCAAAUUAUAAAUAAGGAAUUGAUUAUUAAAAAUGCUCAACUUGAAGAAGAAAAUAAUUAUUUGAAGAAAAUGAUCCCGGAGGAAGAACGGGUAAAAGUGGCACAGAUAGAAUCGGCAAUGGUUAAUGUAGAAGAAGAGUUAAACAAGUACGUUGAUCAAGGUGCGAGAAUUGCCCACUUGGAGAUGGAAAAUGCUCUACUGAAGAAGGAACUUGAUGGGAUUAGAUCGAAAGACAUUUCCUCGAUUGACAUCGAGUCAAAACGUUCUAGUGAAAAUUUACAAAUUCGAGCUGUGGAACUAGAAAUUGAAAAUGAAUUUUUGAGGGGCGAACUUACAGACAAGGAAAAAUACUCUUAUGAAUUUGGCAUGAACGAAAAGAGAGUCAACGAACUGGAAGAAGAGGUGCAAAAGUUGACCGAAGCUAACGAAAAACUACAAAUGAAAAAUGUCGACCUGGAACUCGACCAUCAAUACAUGAAAGAUGAGAUGGAUCGUAUCACAAAAGUGAGGCAAAAACUUGAAAGCGAAAUCCCGAACAAAGAUGUCGAAAAGCAGAACCACGCUUUGAAGCUCAAAAAUGACCAUUUGGAGCUCGAAAUCAAGAAACUGAAAGUUCAACUCGAAAAUAUGGGCAAGGAACAAAUAUCUCUUCAAUCGCACGUCCAAGAAAAUCGUUUGAAAAAAAUGGAAGCGUUGAUAAACGAAUACGAAUCAUUGAGAGAAGCUGCACCAAAAUCGACGGGAGUAUUGGGACGAACUACGAAAGAAAAUCUUGACGAAUUGGAGGAAGUGGAGGAAAAAAUGCAGGAGUGGCAAGGGCAAUUCCAGCCACAAUUAUUAGACAUGAAGAAAGAUCUCGAGAAACUUAUGGGGAAAAGUAAAAGUGGGACUAAUUUUAGACACCUCGAGGAUCAAUUGCGCGAAGCUAAGACAAAGAUCUCGCAUCUUGAAACAGAAAAUAGGAACUUGAAAGCCGAAGUUGAAAUAAUGCGUAAAGGACUUCCCGCAGAUGAAGCUAAAUUGGCUAGAGACGUGGAACAAAUUUUGAAAAAUUUACCAAAACAAGAAUCGCCACCAAAAAAUGUCGACGAGAAAAAGUUCAAAGAUCUCGAGGCACGACUGAGAGAAUGUCAGCAAAUGAACGAAUUUUUACGAAAUGAAAAAGUUGCUCUUGAUAAACACGUUCAGUCGAAACGAAUACAAGACUUGGAAAGUCAAGUACGUGAAAGCCGUUUUAGAGAUGCUUCGAAAACAGAUCUCAGAUUACGUGGUCAAAAAUCAAUCAUGCUUGAUGUUCAAGAAAUGAAAUCCAAAGAAUUGGAAGACGAGUUGGGGGCCUGUCAAAGUAAAAACGAAGCGCUAAAGACUGAGUUGGAGACUUUGCGGAGAGGUGUUGUGACGAACAGUGAUGCAAGUACCAAACUGCAAGAAUGUCAAAAACAAAACUUACUAUUGAAAGAAGAACUCGAAAGGCUUCGUAAAAUUACCGAUUUACAUCAAAAAUUAUCCAAGGAUUUGGAUAAACAACUUCGUGAGUGUAAGAAGAAUUUAGAGGAAUCUAAGAAACAUGAUAAACUUUCAAAGGAUCGAAAAGUGUCCUUUCAUAACAUUCCCAUCGAUCUGAAUGAUUUCACUAACGAAGAAUUGGCAGCAGAGAUAGAAAGAUUACGUAACGAAUGCGAACAACAAAGACGCAUGAUUAGCGAACUGGAAGAAAGUUUGAAGAAAUGUAGGGAAAUCAAUAGAGAUUUCAAACAAGAAAAUGACCAGUUAAAGAUAGAACAACAGUUUAUGCGACAGGAAUACGGAACUCAAUUCGAAGAUAGGUUGAAACAGCUUCGUGACAAACAGAAAAAACAGCAAUCAAAAGGGACAUCCGAUAAUGUCUCUAGCUCUAGAGCAACAGAUGAUAUAAGUUCUCUCCAAGCUAAGUUGGAACUGAGUGAAAAAGAUAAUAAAAAGCUCAAAGAUGAGGUAAACACCUUGACCAAAGAACGAAAUAAUCUUCUAAAAGAGAAUGAGAAGAAAGAAGAAGAAAUUAGAGAAUUGCAAAAGAAAGUUCAAUUUUUGGGCGGAGGAGAAUAUGAAGCUACACUCAAAGAAUUGGAAUACAAAAAUCAAGAAAAUGAGAAAUUGAACUUGGUUGUUUCUGACUUGGAGAAGAAAAUUGAAGAUUUGACUAAGCUACAGCUGGAAGUAGGUAAGGGGGAUACCGAUGACAAACGCUCCCGGAAAUUGGAAGAAACUUUGCAAAAAUAUCACGAUAAUAAUGAAAAUCUUAAAACACGAAUUGUGCAUCUUGAAGAGGAAAAAACCAACUUGAAGAAGGAAUUAAGUGCUCAUAUUGAAAAAGGAAAGAAAAUGCCUGGGAGUGAAAUACAGGCUCGACAAAUCAGAAAAUUGGAGCAAACCUUGCAAAAAUAUCACGAUAACAACGAGAAUUUAAAGAGGAAAAUUGCGUUUCUGGAGGCCGACUAUCAGGAAAAGCGAGUGGUAGAAUUGGAAGAACAAGUGCAAAAGUGUCAGAUAAAUAACGAUGGGUUGAAAUUAGUAACAGUGCAAUUGGAAUCUGAAAUAAAAUAUCUGAAGGAAGAGCUUGGAUCGUUUCUCCGGAAAGAAGAGAAAGUGGCGGAAAAAUUGGCUCGGAAACGACAAAGUAAAGAUCAAAAGAGUGUUGAGUCGGAAAAAGACAGAGAUUUGAGAAAGAAACCCAAACAAUCGCUUUUUAUGCCACAGCCAAUGACAGUCGGACCGCAACCCCCAGUCUUUGCCAUGCCGAUCUUUAUACAACCCCCUUUCCUGUCUUACGGAAAUUACCCGCCCCAAGUAACAAAUAUUGGAAACACGGACAAUGAUAUUGAACAGCUAUCACAUUUAGUGAAGAGGAUUCAGAGUAGUCUGGAUCAACGUAAAAAAAGGAUUCAAAGUGAGAAAAGCCUUGUGUCAGACCAGAGUGACAAAAAUACAAGUGAAGAUGAUGAGGAAGUCGAAAGAACGCUAGAUUUCGAAUCCAAUCAAUCACAAACACUGAGUACAACUUCUCCGGUUGUAAAAAUUACCAAAUCCUCAAGUCUCACGAUUGAGAAAUUAAGCAAACAACUGCUUUUGCAACAACAGACCAAAGAAAAAAUGAAUAAGUUACAAGAAAGUAUAAAAAAAACAUUAAAGGAGUUUGAACAAGAAUUCGGGGAUGAGUCACCAGUUGACCAAAAAGUAAACAUUAAUGACGCUUCUAGUGCUGUAGGACCUUCCACAGAGUCAACUGUGGACAAAAAAGUCUUCCAAAAACACUCAACGAGUCGUCAUGAAAUUGAGAGCGCUAGUUCGGAUUCGUUUGAGAAGAAAAAUGAUUAAUCUGUUUUUGUGAUGUUUUUGUUUUUGAUUUGUUUUGUGCCGUUUUGUGAAAUAAAGUAUCGUCUUUUUUUAUUAA